GUUAACGCGAGUAGUUGGCCAUCUGGAUAGAAAGUUGCAAGUUCAUAACAAAAAUUUGAAGUACAAUUUCUGUAUACAUAUAUGCAAUAUUGAGAUAAAUUUAUGAGAACUCUGAAUUGUAUUUAUAUAAAAACUACUUGAGAUCAAGGAAAUUAAAAAAACCACGGGCUUUUAAUUCGUACUAAUUAACGCGAUUUAAACUGCAGCGAAAUAUAGCUAUAUAUGUAUAUGCAUAUGUCUAAAUUGGUUCCUUGUGUUAUUUGUUAAAAGAGUGUUUAUUAUUCUAUAUUCAAAAUGGAUGAAAAUGUUGGAUCUACAACACCAGCAAGUGAUAACCGAAAAGCCGACUUCGAGCAAGCCAUGAAUUUAACAGGUUUCGGGACAUUCAAUUUAGUGCUGCUUAUAGUUGGUAUAUUUGCGACUUGCGCCGCCAGCUUUGAAACCACCACAAUGUCGUAUAUACUUCCAAUUGCUGAGUGUGAUCUUAAAAUGACACUUUUUGAUAAAGGAAUUUUAAAUGGAGCUACAUAUGCCGGAAUGAUAUCGUCGGCUGUUAUUUGGGGCUAUCUCGCAGACACAAUUGGGAGGAGAAAAGUUCUGAUUUACGGUUUUUUAAUAGACGCCGUUUGCGUACUUUGCAGCUCUUUGUCGCAGAAUUUUGAAAUGCUUGUUGCAUUCAAAUUUUUGGGCGGCUUCAUCGUGAAUGGUCCUGGUGCAGUACUAUUAACAUAUUUAACUGAAAUGCACGGCUCCGCUCAUCGACCACGAGUUCUUAUGGUUUAUGGGAUGGUUAUGUCUUUGGCAACACUUAUAAUGCCACUAUUGGCUUGGGCGAUAUUUCCACAAGAUUGGGAAUUCGUAUUGUUUAAUUAUUUAAUAAUACAUCCGUGGCAAAUAUUUUUGGCAGUAUGCGGUUUACCAAGUAUAAUCGGUGGAUUAGGUCUAAUUGCGUUGCCUGAAAGUCCUAAAUUUUUAAUGUCUCAAGGAAGAAAUGCUGAGGCCCUCCUAGCAUUUCAAAAGAUUUAUGCCAUUAAUAAAAGAACAAGCAGGAAUGCUUAUCCAGUCAAAGAGCUGGUUGAGGAAGUUCCGAAUCGUACCUCGAAUGUUGAUGAGCUUAUAUUUACUGUAGAAAACAAACCAGUUAAGCGGAAAUACAAACGUGAGCCCAGAACAUUCUCUCAAGCUUUCAAGGAAGGAAUGAAGCAGAUUAAGCCUAUGUUCACAAAGCCUUUAUUAGGUCACUCCCUUCACGCGUAUGCGAUGCAAUUCUGUAUUUUACUUGGUUUAAAUACUGUUCGACUGUGGUUGCCUCAACUUUUUGCAUCGAUCGCUGAAUACGAAGCUCUAAAUAACGGUGAAUCAAGCUCAGCGAAUCUAUGUGCAAUUCUAGAGUAUAGUGUUAAUAAAACAUCAGUGAUUAGAGACUUUCAGGACUCCUGUACUAACCUACCAAACGUGUCAAUAGAUCUAUAUGUUAAUAACAUAGUCGUAUCGGCGUCUGGUUUAGUAGCAUAUUGUUUUGCCGGUAUAACUGUGCGAGCUAUAGGAGCUAAAAAUUUACUAAUUUAUGGACUCUUAAUAUCUGGCUCUCUCGGCAUAUCGCUCUAUUGGUCGGUAAAUGGUCUUUCCACACUUAUUAUAUCAUCUGUGUUUUUAUCAGUGGCGGCGGUAUCAACAUCAUCUCUAUUAGGAGUGGUACUUGCUCUUUUUCCAACUUCUUUGAGAUCACUGGUGGUUGCAAUCGCAAUGAUGUUUGGUCGUCUGGGCGCUUUGGCUGGAAAUAUGUUGUUUCCUGUUUUUAUGGAAAUGGGAUGUAUACAACCUUUUCUAAUGAUCGGCGGUGUAUUGCUUGUUGCUGGUGCUUUAUCUUUCAUUUUGCCAGACACGAAGGAAAUGUCCUUAAAGUGAAAUGUAAAUAAGAUACGGAAAUCGGGGUCAAGUACUACAAUAUAUCCACAUAUGCAUGUUAGAAUAUUAAUUAUACAUAAGUUAUAUAUUCUUGUGAGUAAAUCACCAUGGAAAACAGUAGUUGAAUACAAUAUUAAUUCCAAUGAAA